AAUGGAUAUUCUCAUUCAUCAAUCCCCUGGAGAAUUGGUCUACUUGUACAUCUCCGCUCGAAGAUUGCAAAACUUGGGCCAUUCCAACAUCCAAGACUUCAGAUGUCGAGUCUACUCAAAAUAAGAUUUCAUUGGAGAAACUGAAGUCUCUCGCUCCACCCUUGAUCCUGACUUCAAAUAACCCAUCCCCAUCAUGUACAGGUUCAACAAGAGAUAAAAACUGGUCUUCCAAAUUAUUGAUGCCGACCAAGAAUUAUCAAGUCAACUUGUGAGUCAGAACGCCUCUGCCUCCAUUGUAGGCAUUUGCAAACAGCCCUUGUCCAAAUUGAUGGGAGCUAGGAAUUCCUUAAGCCAAUUGAAUUUGAUGAAAGGAGAUUUGGUCGUAGGCACAAUCAUAAUUCAUGUCACCAGAAAAGGACCUCAAAUUACUAACCAAAAAGAUCAAACUAAUAAAGUAACCGAGAUUAAAUGGCGUUGGGGAGGUAUUUAAUAAAUACAAUCAAUUUAGGCAUCAAAUUACUUGACCUUGACUUCUUCACGAAAUCUGAUCCAUUUGCUAAGUUUUAUAGAAUCAAAGAUCAAUAAACAGAAAUAAUACAUAAAACUGAAGUCAUCAAAAACAAUUUGAAUCCAAAUUGGAUGUGUUGGGAAACAACAGAGAAUGAAAUCUUCAAGUACUCUAAAAAUUUAUAUGUCGAAGUCAUGGAUUAUGAUAAAUUGGGUUCUGAAGAGGUAUGAUCAAAUUAAAAAAUAUAGAUUGGACACGUCACGAUUAAUUAUGACGAUAUCAAAAUCCACAAAAAAACUGAGUUCCCGUUAUUGACUCCUAAAGGAAAAAAUGCUGGCACAUUGAAAUUAUUAGAAUUGGUCAUCGUAGAACCCAAAGAAGAACACGUAGAGAUAAUUUAAGAAGAACCGAAAGAACCUACCUUCUUAGAUUAUCUAAUGGGUGGGUGGUAAAUGUCAUUAUCAAUUGGUACUAAGCUAAAUUUAACAUUUAUAGGAAUUGACUUCACUUUUUCAAAUCAACCCAUCACUAAACCAGAUUCUUUACACAAAAUUGAUCCUCAUAAAUUGAAUUACUAUCAAUAAGCAAUCAAAGUGAUUGGUGGUGGAAUCAUUGCAUUCGAUUAUGAUAAACAAGUACCUGUCUAUGGAUUCGGAGGAACACCUAAAUUACCCACCUACACUAAGUCUACAAUGGAUGACUGUUUCCCUCUGAAUGGAAACAAAGACAAGCCUUAGUGCAAUGAUGUGGCAGGAAUCCUGUAAGCCUAUGUAGAGGCAGUCCCAAAUAUAGUAUUUUCAGGUCCAACCUUUAUUUCAAAUGUUCUAAACAAAGCUUUGCAAUUCGGAAAGGAAAAUGCACAAAAUAACACAUACACAGUAGCCAUGAUCUUAACUGAUGGUUAGAUUGAAGAUCAGUAAUUUAAAUCCAUAUAAUCCAUAGAGAUGAUGCCAUUAAAGUACUACUUGAAUGUUAGACUUUGCCUAUGUCCAUCAUUAUCAUUGGAGUGGGAGAUGAGAAUUUCAAAUACAUGAAAUAGUUUGAUGAUCCAAUGUUCCUUAAAAAGCACUCAAAAACAGAUAUGAAUAUUAGAGACAUAAUUCAAUUCGUAUCAUUCCAAGAUUAUAAAAAUGACAUUGAGCAAAUGAGUUCAGCUGUUCUUGAUCAAUUGCCUAAGUAAUUUAUGGAUUAUAUGCACAUCAAUCACAUUUAACCCAUAAAGAUGUAAUCUGUUCACCUUAGCAAAGCCUUCAAAUGA